CGCAAAAGAUACAAGGAGGCAUUUAGUGUCGCUCGCCUCUUGUCUCCGAAAUGGGUGGCUCGUUCAAGAUAGGUCACGUAGUCGCAGUUGCAAGCAAACAUCCGUUUUAUUCUUCUCAUAAGUACCCAUUAAGUCCUAAAGAGGUGGAAGAGAUAACUAGUCGCGAACUUACGCCAAACUGUGCCCAUUCCCUCUUGUCGCAAUGCCAGAUUAUUCGCAAGGAAGAUUUAUAUAAAGAGGUUACGCGGCUUUUCGAAGACGACGACCCUCUCAAUACUUUCCGGCACAGUACAUAUAUUAGCAUGACAGGUGGAGGGGGUGGGGGUUCUCCAUGUCUUGUAUUCUUAACCGACAGCGUGGAGAAUCGCGCGCAGCGAAAAGCCUGCAGUAAUCUCCUUCGUUAUAUGAACGUAUUGAAGGCGAACGAUUGUGUACUAUCCAUGCACCCAUCUGGGAAAAUGUACAGAGCUCUCGAUCUUGUUACUGAAAUAGUCGAGAAUGCUGGAGCAAGUGUAUUGCCUGUUGGCCAUCUUGCAUCGCCGCAAGAGAUUCUUGCUGCCUGUAAGGAAUACGGUGCAAACGCUCUCACUGGAGAUACUAGCCGAAUCGUUCAAUUCACCUCAUGGGUUGAAUCUGCUAAAAUGAGCGAUUGCUUACAUAUCAACAAGAUAUUGUACACGUCAGAAUCAAUGAGCCGUACCCAAAGAUCCUACAUUCAAUCGGUUUUUGGUCGCGAUGGAUUACCCGUCAUCUUUUCGUCAUUGCUUGCUAGCGCUGAGAUGGGACCAUGGGCUGUAGGAUGUUUUGAUCUGACUGGUCCGCAAAAGGACGACACUGCCGACCUGAUUUUUGACACCAGGCACAUGAUUGUUGAAGUUAUGCCAUUAGACUUCGAUUUGUCCACUCGUCAGAGUCCUUGUAGGAUAGUUGAAGGAGAGACCGGCAUGUUAAUCGUUACUUCACUACAACGGUUACGAAAUCCACUCGUGAGGUAUGUCACCGGUGACAUUGGAUCCAUCCAUCACCUUCCGACAUCAACCUCGUUGCAGCUAGGGAAGGAUUCAGAGCAUCUACGAGUCUUGCGGCUGCAUGGUCGUGAUUUACGGAAUUCAUUUAAGUGGCAGGGUGAGUAUUUCGAGCUUGACACGCUGAAAGAGCUGAUGUCGAAUCCUUCUUGGGGUAUUGUGCUGUGGCAGAUCGUCUUGGCAAACAAUCCAUCGAAUUGUGAGACCCUCGAAAUUCGACUUAUGCAAAAAACAGGGGCGGGUGGCUUGAUUGCGCAUGAAGAUAUAUUGGAGAUUUUAAAGGGCCAUUUCUGUGCCCAUGCCAGUAAUGAGUCACUCUUCCAUGCCAAUCUUCACAGUCGUGACGACUUUAUACGAAGUUCUUCUGGAAAUAAAGUUAUUAAGUUGGUAGAUAGAAGGGGGAAAAUGGAAUAAGGUAGCGUGCGUACAAGCUUUCGGCAGAAUACGUUUAAAAUCCAAUCGAUUCUAAUCCAGAUAAACGUCGAAGGCAAAUGUGCUUCUUACCUCUGCUCACAAAUCCACCUCCA